GUGUUUAUUGUUACGACGCAGUGAAAAAGUGGAGUAUGUUUCGUUUUAAUAUUGUGAUGGAUUAUUUUUGACAGGAUUUGCGAGUAAAACUGAAAGCGGGUCAAAUCGUCGGAUAUGGAUUACACUAUAAAAUCAAAAUACAAAAAAGGGUGUCAUUAUCUUCCUUUCCCGAAAUAAAACAUCUUAGAAACUGAAAGAAAAAUCACGUGAAAAAGGCGAGAUGAUCGAAGCAGGUAUAGAAUAAAUAAAAUACGGCAGAUCACAAUAGCGGUCGUACUUAAAGAGUUCGAACGUCUCGUCUUUCGGCUUAUUAUUUUGCUAAGGAUAUCUUGAAAUUGGCUAUGAUAAAUUACUUCAUGGCUGCUGUAAACACUCAGGAAGAAGGAACUACAAAAGAUGUAGAAGCUGCGGUAAGCGAAGGAGGAAGUGGACAGAAGAGAGAAAACCAAUCGCCAAGCGGCCUUGAUCUCUCGAAACUAGGCAAAAGUCUUAAAAGGACAUUCAACCCAGUGAUUCAAGACAAUUCCAUAACUCUUAGAAACGUCGUCGUCGCUGCUUCGACCUACGGUCUGGAAAGACUUUUGAACGCCGGAGUAUUCCACUGUCCUGAGAACGGCUAUCGUAAGUAUGGAUUCGCGUUCUUAUUCGGCCCUGUUUUUAUCCUGUUCUGCGUAAACCUCUUGGUCAUCGGCGAGGUAUGGAAGCUGUCGUCCCGGAUGCACGUGAAGCGUUACAGAAGACGAGGUGAAUUAAAAGCUAGGGUUUUACCGAGCAUCUUAAAAGCCUGUGUCGGACCGGCGGUGUGGUUGAUUGUUGCCUUUCUGGAAGAGGACUAUUAUUUAUGCGCCACGAUUGGGCCACAUCCACGGAAAGAUAAGGACAUUUUGGACCGGAAGCAGAAGGAGGACGAGUGUAAGAGCCAAUCACAUUUAUUGGCAUGGGUCAUAUUAGUCACGCUUGUUGCUCUUGGAACUGUGAUGAUAAUCUGGAAGCGUUGUUACCUUAAAGACAAUCUUCUCAUGGAAAAUCUCUUUUCUUAUGAAAGAAGAGAGGCGCUGAGCGCGGAGAAGACGUUUACAGAGCGUAUGACCGCGGAGAAGGUGUUUGAAGAACGCAUGGGAGGUCCUGGCAAGGAUGCUGACCUCGAAGAUGGUCCAAAAGUGGCUAAAUACGGCAAAAAAGGUUACGAAAAAGUUACUUAUUAUAAAGAUGGAAUUCCCGAAGCGAUAGGAAGGAAAACAGUGGAGAAAAUGUUUGAAGAUUACGAAUGGAAAAGCAGCAGGGAAUGGCACUACGUACAGCCUUACGAAGCCUUUAAGGAGAAGUACCCUCGCAUCUCCACAGGGAGUCCCCAUGAUCCUUGGGUAGUGGUACAGGGAAAUGUUCGAGACUCAAAAACCCAAAAGAAAAGCCGUGGCUUAAAUUGUUUCUCGACCAGUUCAGUAGAUGGAGUCACACCAACUUCUCAAAGAGGGGAUGUUCAGGAAACAGAGUUGUAAAUAUUACUUCACAGAUAGAUUCAUCUAACUGGUCUCCACUUAUUAACAUAUUACGAAUUUACAUCGAAUUGUUUUAAAGUUUUUCCACUACUUUUACAGUAAUUUAUUUAUUUUUUCCGUCAAAAAAAAGAAACAAAACCCAAAAUUUCCAUCGGAAAGUAAAAAACAACCACUUCAGUUGCAAUGUAAAUAGGAAAAUUGUAUAUUCAAACAAAUGAUAAUUCAAAAAAUGACUCCGAAAAAUCUGAAACUAGGCGGAAAAUGCGCCCAAACUGAAACACCCAAAUUUUCUUGUUGCUUCUUUCUUAAUGUAAAAGCUGAAAAAGGUUUACUUGGCUGACGAGCUAAGAUCAAAAGAUGGUAGAGGCUAAUAUUAAUCGAUAAAUGAGCACCCUUCUCGUUCACCUUCCAGGGUGAAUUAAGUUAUACCCAAUCUUACCUGCAGCAGAUACGAUUUUUCGGAUAAAUUUGAACGCUUUCAGGUGUGGGAGUUCUACGAGAAAAUUUCACUGUUGGUUUUUUCUUAACCUCAAGUUGGGGGAACAGUAUGACAUUGUAUGGCCUUGCUAUUAGGUUUUGGUACAAGUAGAAAAACAUGUCUCGUAUUUUAUGAAGGAAGUUCCUUAGAUAUAGAUAGCUAACGACAAAGUAGUUCCAAUAAGUAUCGUAUUGAAUGAAGAUAACGUGCAUAUCUGUAAGUAGUUUUUUACAGACUAUGUUCAAUCCGUAAGCUAUGCUUUAAUCUUCUACUUUAAUAUUCAGUAAAAUUAGAAGUGUUUCAAAAAUUCUUCAUAAAAUGCAAAUUUCUCGUA